GUUCAGCUAACUCCGUUGCUCUUUGGGAGGAUACCAAGACACGUCAGAAGCACGGAAUGGAGCCAGUGACCUUUGAGGAUGUGGCUGUGGACUUUACUGUAGGAGAAUGGGCAUUGUUGGAUUCUACUCAGAAGAAGCUCUACAGUACUGUGAUGGAGGAAACAUUUUUGAACCUGAUCUCUAUAGAGAAAGCACUAGAAGAAAAUAGUGAAGAGGACUACAAAGAACUCAGCAGAAAUAUGGGAGCUCAGGUGAUUGAGAAAGACUGUGGAUAUGCAUGCACUAGUAGUUGUGAUACAAACCAGGAACCUAUUACAGGGAAUAGCAUUAAUAAAGACAUGCCUCCAGCAAUAAGAGUUUGUGAAAGCCCUUUUCAUGUAAGAAGCAUCAUUAGUCAUUCAGCCUUAUAUGCGUAUCUCAGAGAAAAAACUAGAGGGAUACCAUCUGUAUGUAAGGAAGCUAAGGCAAAAGCUUUUACAUAUCAGGCACAUUGGGAAGAUAUCCACCAUUCUGAAUCACUUCUAGUAUUGGAAACUUCUCCCAAGGAGAAACCCUGCAACAGACAACAGUGUAAUGAAACUUGUAGGAGUCUCCCCUUUGAGCAGCCUCAGGAGAGAACUCACGAUAGAGAUAAACUCAAUAAGAAUGUAUUAAUGAGAUACACAUGUCGCCAGAAUGAUGGACUUCAUAAAGAAGUUAAAAAAUUUGUGUGUAAGCUCUAUGAAAAGUCCAUCAUUGAUUCCACUAGCUUUAUAAACCAUGAAAAAAGUCAUAUUGGAGAGAAAAGAUAUAUUUGUAGUCAAUGUGGCAAAACAUUUAAUUAUGCAAAAUGUUUAGAAAACCAUGAAGUAACUCACAAAAGAGAGAAGCCUUAUGUUUGUAAACAUUUUGGAAAAGCCUGCACACGGUACAGUUAUCAUAACAGUAAUGAAAGCAGUCACAAGGGACAGAAUCCUUAUGCAUGUAAAUAUUGUGGAAAAGGCUUCACCAGCUCCACUUACCGAAACAUCCAUGAAAGAAUUCACACUGGAGAAAAGCCUUAUGCAUGUAAGUAUUGUGGGAAAACCUUCACCAGUUCGGCUUAUUGUAAUAUUCAUGAAAGAAUUCACAGUGGAGAAAAGCCUUAUGCCUGUAAGCAUUGUGGAAAAGCCUUCAGCGACUUAAGUCGUCGUAACAGACAUGAACGGAGUCACACUGGAGAGAAUCCUUAUGCAUGUAGGUAUUGUGGAAAAGCCUUCAGUGACUCCAGUCGUCGUAACAGACAUGAAAGGAUUCAUACUGGAGAGAAACCUUAUACUUGUAAGCAUUGUGGAAAAACCUUCACCAAUUUCAGUUCAUGUAAAGCUCAUGAAAGAGUUCACACUGGAGAGAAGCCUUAUGUGUGUAAGAUUUGUGGGAAAGCAUUUACUCGCUCCAAUCAACUGAGUAUUCAUGAAAGAGUUCACAGUGGACAGAAGCCUUAUGCAUGUAAACAUUGUGGAAAAACCUUCAAAACUUCUACUUGUCGAAAUUUACAUGAAAAAAUUCACACUGGAGAGAAAUCCUUUGUCUGCAAAACAUGUGGGAAACUGUUCAUUCAGUCUAGUGAUCUUAACAAGCAUGAAAGAGUUCACUCCAAAGACAAGCCUUAUGCAUGUAAGCAUUGUGGAAAAUCCUUCAGUGACUCCAGUAGUCGGUACAGACAUGAAAGACGUCACACUGGAGAGAAGCCUUAUGCAUAUAAGCAUUGUUGACAGGCCAAUUUCAGUUUGUGUAAGGCUUACAAAAUAGUCCACAGUGGAGUGAAGUGUUAUGUAUUAAGUGUUGUGGAAAAGCAUUCACCUGCUCCAGUCAUCUGAACAUUUAUGAAAAGACACUGCAGAGAAGCCUAAUUCAUGUAAACAUUGCAGGAAAAACCUUAAACUUCUUCUAACUGUAACUUGCAUGAAAGAAAAUUACACUGGAGAGAAACCCUUUGUGUGUAAAACAUUUGAAAGAUUUAACUCUAGUGACUUUAAAAGGCAUGAAAGAGUUCACUCAAAAAACAGGGCUUAUGCAUAUAAGGAUUGUGGAAAAGCCUUCAGGUGCUCUGGUAAUGUUAACAGACAUGAAAUGCCUCACACCAGUUGGUAGCAUAAUUGUGGUAAGGAUUGUAGAUAACCUUCAGUACUCCACUUGGCACAAGAGUAAUAAAAAACAUUCACAUUGGAGAAAAAUCCUCUGUGUGUAAA